AUGCUUCUACAAGACUCUUUUAUAUUCGGUGUCACCAAUACACCAGACACAAUUGAUAAUUACAAUUCAAAGUACUCUCCUUGUCUCAUUCUUUCUCUCUAUCUAUCUAUCUCUCUUCACCUUUCCUUCUUUUUUCUUUUCUCCUCCUCUAUCUUUCCUUUUCUCUUUCUGUCUCCCUUGCUCUCUUUCUCUUUCUUUCCCUCUCUUUCUCUCUCUCUCUCCCCACUUUCUUUCUCUUGCAUUCUUUCGCUCUCUUUCCCUAUCUCUCUCUAUAUAUUUAUCUCUUUCUCCCCCCUCUCUCUCUCUCCAUCUUCCCCUCUCUCUCUCUCCAUCUUCCCCCCUCUCUCUCUCCCCUCUCUCUCUCCCCUCUCUCUCUCCAUCUCUCCUUCUCUCUUUCUUUCUUUCUUUCACCAAUAUAACGACCAGACACAAAUGAUAAUUACACUUCAAAGUGCCGUCUCAUUCUUUCUUUUUCUCUGUCUCUCUGUCUCUCUUUACCUUUCCUGCUUUUUUCUCUUUCUCUCUCCCUCUAUUUUCUUCUCUUUCUAUCUCUAUCUAUGCUUUCUCUCUCUCUCUCUCUCUCCUUAUCUCUCCCUCUCCCACUCUCCCUCUUUUCUCCCAUCUCUCUCUCUCUCUUCUCUCUCUCUUCUUUCUCUCUCUCUCUCUCUCUCUCUCUCUCUCUCUCUCUCUGAUAUUUCACAGAAUCAUUCAUAUACUUGUAAUGUCUGCCUAAUGAAAACAUUAUAA